GAAUCGCUUGGAGAUCCGGCGUACGCCGAACGAGGAAACAGCGCCAGGUAUCUUUCGGGAUCGCUCAAUGGGGAACUGUCGUUGUCUUCCAAUCGCAUUCCGUUUUGGUCGCUAGUUAGAUCGGAUGCCCUGAGGUCCGCGAGUGUGUUUAGAUUCCGGUGGAUAUGGGACCCGCUGGUGUGCCCAGAACGCGACGAUCGGAGAGUGAACAUACAUCCGGCAACCAAGCGGCAGGUCAUUAACCGAUUGAGGGCCGUAGUGGCGGAGCACAAUACGUACGCGCUUAACGCAAAACCGGACCAGGGCAAAGUCUUCGACGCGACUUCCCGUCAUGGAGCGAGCAAUCGCUUCAGUACAUUAGUUUCGUCGACUGGCGCUUUAUGCAUCGCGCGCGCGCCUCGACGUGAUCCCCUUAAUUGA